AGCUCAGCACUAAUAGAGGAAAGAAGAAAGAGGGAGGGACAGAUCAUGGAGCAAGAGAUGACCAAGGAGGGCUGGAUUGAGAGAAUGGUCAAAAUAGUUCAAGAAACUGAUGCGAAAGGGAAAGAUUCAGGGCUGAAUGACCAGACGAAGCCAAAAUCUUUGAUUUGCUCUUUUGUAUUGUCUUCUUGACAGUUAGCUGAAACUGUUUUCAGUGUUGGAAUAGAGCUUUUUUCUUUCAAAAAGGACUCUAUUAAAAUAGAUGUUAACCUAGACCAAAAGGAGGAGAUCGUUUUGGUUCUUUGGAGAAGACGUGCUUUUAGCAGCAAAGAAUGGGAGGAUGAAACAAGGACGCUCCCUAAGAACUAGCCGACAAUGACGACAAGUGUGCCUACUGUUUUGUUUGAAACAGAGAAGGGGGCAGACGCCCAGCUUUCCUCCUCACACAAUUCUUCGGUUACUGGCUCCUGCAAUAUUGACGAGUCCUACAAGUACAUCUUCCUGCCCAUUUGCUACUCCUUCACCUUUGUCUUCAGCAUAAGCCUUAACUUUGUGGUUCUCUAUCGUUCCUUUCGACGCACCAAGCACUGGAAUGCUUCCUUGAUUUACAUGGUCAACCUGGCCACGACAGACUUCAUGUACGGUUUAUCCCUGCCCUUUUUGGUGGCCAGUUACGUUAUGCGGGACGACUGGGUGUUUGGAGACUUCAUGUGCCGUCUAGUGCGUUUCCUCUUCUACUUCAACCUCUACUGUAGCAUCUUCUUCCUCACUUGCAUCUCGGUGCACCGCUACCUGGGCAUCUGCCACCCCAUGAAGACCAUCACCCUGGAGACCAAACGAGCAGUGAAGGGGACUUGCGUUUUGGUAUGGAUAGCUGUUUUUGCACUGACGUGCCCGAUUUUUCGUUUCGCACAGACACAGUAUCUUCCACGUGAAGGUAAGGGCUCGAGGGAGGAGGUGUUCAAUAAUUGCUGGGAUGAUGCAAUCGAUAGAGAGUUCCGUGAUUACAUCCCGUACGGGGUCACGCUUCAUUUCUUGGGCUUUUUUGUGCCUUUUAGCAUCAUUGCCUGGUGCUACUCACGUGUUGUGUUAACAAUAUUUCGGACGCUGCACUCUCAGCCUCCUCCUCCUCAAAGAGUCAGAAGUGGGACGGGCUGUGAAACCGUCGCAGAGAUAGGAGGAGAGGGCAUGUCAAUCAUCUUGGGGGCUCAAUCACCUUACGUUAACAGGCGGCGCAAGUCCAUCAAGACCAUAAUUACUAUCACUCUCCUUUUUGCCCUUUGCUUCUUCCCCUUUCAUGUCACUCGCACCAUUUUCCUACUGCUGAAACUGACGAGUAGGGUCCAGUGCCACACCAUGCGCAUGGUUUCCAUCUGUUAUAAAAUCACUCGGCCGCUGGCCUCGUUCAACGCCUGGCUGAAUGCGCUGCUUUAUUUUCUUACUAAAGAGAAAAAUGGGCCCUGCUGUCAAAAACCUGAACAUGCCCAGCAUGGCCUGCUGUGGCCACUUAGAAUGCUGGGAAAAGGAGAGGAAGAGGAGAAUGAAGUUGGGAACCACAAGGACAAUGGGCCAACAGAUGAAAACAACACAUACAGAGGUCUACCUUAAGGAAUGAUCACGUAAACAUGUGACAGUGUAGGACAUCAACAAGUGGACCUGCCUUUAUACGGGAUUCAUUUGAAACAAACUGUUUUUAUUAUAUUCACUGUAUUUGUGUAACUCUGUGUAUUCACACUGAACACGGAGGAUCUUGUUGUUUUGACUUUUACUUGUUGAUUGCUUGGACGGUUGAUUAGUUGUUGUAAAAUAAUGAAAUGUUAAUUUAGUGUAUAUUAAUUGCAAAAACACUUAUAGAAUAAUAAACUAAUUUAUAGGGUGUCUUAUGUUUGCAAAUGUUGGCAUACCUCAGAGUGGACACAUUUUGUGCAGGAACUAUGUUUAGCACUGUCAUGGAUUAAUAUAUCAUGUUGUGAAUAAUUAAACUGUUCUAAUAAACAUUUUCUGAA